UCACUACUUCCGGGUCGGUCUCUUUACUCCGCUAAACAACAUGGCCACCUACUUCGCCCUCCAUUCCUCGGUGCUCCACAGGGCGCUGCGGGGGGUUUUUAACCUGCCCACCAGGACGUCCGGCGGUCCUCUCGCUGCCGUCGGUCUCAGGUCUGUUUCUGACGCCGCUACAGAACAACAGAAGCCGGUGAUACUAGAGUCCACGGAGGAAUACAAGUUCGUAGAGCGGCUCAUCCCGCCGACACGGGUCCCCACUCCGCCUCGCCACGCCGGUCCCGCUCCGUCCGGCUGGGUCCCUCCCGCUGAUUCCCCACCGUCUCUGCCGUACAUGAUCCGCCGGUCCCGCAUGCACAACAUCCCGGUGUACACCGACAUCACGCACGGCAACCGCAAGAUGACGCUGGUGCGUAAAGUGGAGGGAGACAUCUGGGCGCUGGAGAAGGACGUGAAGGAGCUCCUGAAGGAGUUGACGGGGAAGGAGCCGCCCACGCAAGUCAACGAGGUCACCAUGACCCUGAGGGUCAAAGGUUACUUCGAUGCGGAGCUGAAGGACUGGUUGAUCAGCAAAGGAUUCUGACCGAGGAGGUGAUGCAGCAACGAGCUCCUGGACUGAGAUGAGGAGCUUGUGGAGACGGAGUGGACCGGUCUCUGAGGAGGGACAGCCGCUUUAAUGGACUCUUUUUGACAGUGCAGACGUGUAAUGUGACCGUGUGGGGUUAAAUGUCAUCUAUACUUGUGUGUAUCAUUAAAUAUAAAAGCAUAGUUCUCUA